AUGACUGUGAGACCUUUCCUCUUCUUGCUGACGUUUCUGGUCAUCGCUGCAGCGUCAAAAUCACUCAAUGCAACCUUAAGAACAUUCGGUAUCCUCCCUUGAUUUUCAUCAAGGCUACUUUUCCAUUUCAGACCCUCGACUACUCAACUCGACAGCCGAUCGAGACUUGGCCAUGCAGAACGUGCCUCUGAUCCGGCUGACCAGACACUUACUGUCCCCGGAGAGGUACGAUGUGCGAGUCCGGCCCAUUCUUGAUCACAAGAAGUCGCUCAAGGUGCACAUCAGCAUUUCCCUGUAUCAAAUCAUCGAAGUGGUGAGUCGAAUGUCCAUCAUUCCUUCAACAAACACGAUAAUUUCAGGAUGAACCAUCGCAGAACAUCAAAUUGAACGUUUGGAUGAUUCAAAAGUGGAAGGACGAGUACUUGGAUUGGAAUCCCAACGAGUUCGGAAUGAUCAACUCGACCAUCAUUCCAUUCCACCACCUCUGGAUUCCGGACACGUACCUCUACAACAGUGUGAAGAUGAGCAGAGAUGAAACGGAGCGAUACAUGAACAUCCAAGUGACGUCCAACUACUGGAAGGGCGAGAAGGGCUCCGAGCUUUCGUUUCUGUACCCCGCAAUAUACACGAUCACGUGCCGCCUCAACAUUCGCUUCUUUCCUUAUGAUCGUCAGAACUGCACACUCACCAUCUCCAGCUGGACCAACUCGAAAUCGGCGCUCGACUACUACGCGGACCCGCAAGUCAGCAUGCAAUCUUUCAUUCCGAAUGAAGAAUGGCAGGUGAAGUCAUUCGAAAUUCAUAGACACGAGGUGAGUCUCCGUUUCUUUCCCGCUUCCGUUUCAUGAAUCGCCCAUCAUUUCAGUACAAAUACGCGUGUUGCGCGGAGCCGUGGGUCAUCCUACAGGCCUCGUUGGUCAUUCAAAGGAAACCGCUCUACUACCUCGUCAAUCUCAUCAUUCCCACUUCCAUCAUCACUCUCGUCGCCAUCACCGGCUUCUUCACGCCAGCCUCCACGGACGAUGACCGAACGGAAAAGAUCAAUUUGGGAAUCACGACUCUCCUGGCAAUGUCCAUUCUCAUGCUGAUGGUCUCUGAUCAGAUGCCGACGACGAGUGAAUUCGUGCCGCUCAUCGCCUGGUUCUACCUCUCCAUCAUCAUUAUCAUCUCGAUCGGAACAUUCCUCACAAGCGUCGUGCUCUCCGUGCAAGGAAGGCGUCAGUACGGAAGGAAUCCGCCGCAGAUCGUCCGUUACGCCUUCUUCGUUCUCCUUCCGCAAAUCCUUCUACUCAACGUUCCGCCUCCACUUCAAACACUAUGGGGCGAACUGGAUGAUGAUCCGUUGAACGUGAGAAGAAGGAAGAAGUCCGAGUACUUGAUGAGAAAUGGUCACAACGGAUCGACGAAGCAGGCGUCACCAAUGUAAGCGUACGAGAUGCAAACGAGCAUAACAGUACGAUUCAGGUCAACGCUCCGAGUGCCGGUGACUGGUGGAAGUGUGAGUGAGAAGCGGCAGUCGUUCCAGAUGAUCGACGUCACUUCUCCAAACUCGCCGAACACUGCCAGAUCCCGUGCUCCGUCGCUCGCUCCUUCGACAGCCAAAACGCCUACGAUGUGGGAAGGAACCAUGUCCGCUCUCGCAGGUAAAACGAAGCAUCUCAUUCAGUUUCAGUAGAUUCCAUUGCAGGCACAAACAAUCAACUGAGAAGAACUUCGAACGUUUUCAACAAAGAAAUCGACGAGAUGAGAAGGAAACGACAGUGCUCUCUCGAGUGGGAGUUCCUCGCCACUGUCCUCGAUCGGUAACCCACUCAAUCGAAUCUGGAAUCAUCUGAAACCUUUUCAGAUUCCUUCUGAUCAUCUUCGUCGCCGCCGUUCUUAUCGUGACUGCCGGUCUCAUCCUGGUUGGCCGCAUGGCUCAGUACAGCUAUGACCAUCCGGAUGACAAGUUCUUCCAAGUCUGA